CUCGCGUAUUUUAAUGAACCAAAGGGAGAUUAAUGGACGGACGGAGUUCUAAGCUAGUUUUAUUGAAAAAAUCUAUUAAAAUCUUGUUUCAAUACAGAACAUUACAAUAAAAAAAUAUGUGCUUAAUACAGUGUUUUACGACUACAAAUGUCUAAUGCUUUACACAGUUUUCUGAAUGCGUAUUAGAAUCGUUCAUAGUUGUUUACAUUUUCUCAAAAAUAAUGUUUAGCUAAUUUGAGCGAAAAACAUGUAUAGGUGGAUCUCAGUUUGUGUAGCACCCUUAUGUCUAUCCUUGGUGUGGUACUUUCCAUUUAUCUGGUGUCUGUUCUAUUUAUUGUGUCUUAGUUUAUUCAUAGUGAUAGCAGUUUUUGCGUUAACGCUUUGGGGUCAUGUUGCGUUAUCUUCUCCGCACCAAACAUCGUUGUUUUUAUUAGAUAAAGUCGAAAAAGAUGUUCGACAGAUAGAGGAGACUUUAAAGGAAGAUCAAUCAAAUUGGCCUCACACAACUAAAAAGACCCAUUUACCUGUAAUAUUUGGGCGCACUGUAGACAGCCAGUUACAAUUAUUAAUAGAUUAUGUUUUGAGAGACUUUGUGGCCCGUUGGCUCAAAGAAUUAUCCCAUAAGCCAGAACCAGUGAUUGAUAAGUUCAAGGAACAUGUGUGGGGGGCUGUGCAGAACCUGUAUGAGAGGCUGUUACGUGUUGAUGCUGAGAAGUUACUGGCCAGUGACAUGGUGACUAAGAUCACACAGCAUUUUGAAAGGAUAAGAAUUGCUAGGAGUUGUGCAAUAGAACUAAAUCAGCCACCAGUAUUUGCUCUGGCUCCCCACCUGAUGUCCUAUGACACAGAGCUGCAUUACCUGAGGCAGAUCAGUGAGCUCAUCAUCAUGUUUCUGAUGCCUCGCUGCUAUUCUCUGGCACCAGCAACUCAUCUCAUGAGGGAAAUACUGGCAUGUAAAGUACUACAACCAGCAAUAGAUUUAGUGACAGAACCGGACUACAUAAAUCAGAAGAUUAUACAGUAUCUUGAGGCUCAGAAAGAAGUAGACGCGAUGCACGUGAGAACACACGAGUACGCCAAAACGUUUGAGGACUACAUUCGGCUGAUCAACAGCUGUAAUAAUGUCGACACACUGAAACGGUUACGAUACGACAUCGUCACACAAAUAAUGCAAGCAACGACCCUACAGAAUGUAAAACGGGCUAAAGGCGUAGAUAUAGAAGUCAUAGAAAAAAGUGGUUCACAAAAUGUUAGUAGACAACAAAUUGCUGAUGCUAAGAAACUGAAGAGGUAUAUAAACCAGCUGACUAUUGCAAAGGCGGAGUGUGAAACGGCUCUUAGGAAACUUGGUUGGGAUGGAGCUUUUCCUACUGUGGAGUCUGAUAGCAAGACAUUACCUCUACACAAAAUAAUGGAGAGUGUGACAGGAAGGCGGUAUCUCUCAAUGUUCCUGGAGACCAUGUGCUCUCAGGGUCUGGUCGGUUUCUGGAUGGCCGUGGAAGAGUUGAGGCACAGCCCUAGAAGUAGCUGGCACCAGCUCGGCGCCGAAAUAUUUUACACCUACAUUAGAUCGCCUAGUGCUGAGAUUAAAGUGGAUAAGGACACCAGAAAGAGAAUGGAAGCGUUCUUACUAGGAGAUAAAGGUCCAGAAGUAUUUUAUGAAGUCCAAGACACAGUCGUAGACACGAUACAAGAGAAAUACUACCACUCUUUCCUUCUGAGCGAUCAUUAUACCGCGUUGAUAGCAGAACUCGCUACCGAGGAAGCAAAUAAAGGGAAGGACAUUACAUCAGACAGGUCGCCAAUAGAAGACAGACAGUUGUCAAACGAAUCGGUAUCAUCAGCGGAGAGCGUGGCGGGGACGAUACACCUCACGGAACAUUCCACGUACGCCAGGCGGAAACUGGACGAGCUGCAGGAACGACAUAAUAAUAAAAUUCAAGCAUUAGCAGCUCUUAGAGCAUCGUUAAAACCGGAAUCCCCUGCGCUAGCUAUGUUGGCGAAUGAAGUAGAGAAGUUGGCUGGCGAACAAAUGAGAUUGGAGGCGCAUCUAGCCAGGACUGACACCUGGGCUGAACAUCUCGGCCGGUGGCGGGCUUCCGUGCAUAGCGCUGAGAUUAUAGACGAGUCGAAACCGCCGCAGUUCGUGAUAGUGGUGCAUAUGGCGGAGCAGGAAUCCAUGACAGAUGAGGAGAGGCCGGAACAAAUUACCACUGGAUGGGUACUGCUUAGGACUUUGAACGAAUUUCAGGAACUACAUCGAAAGCUACGGCCUAUGUGUGCGGAAUUGAAGAAUUUAGAACUACCAACGAAUUCGUUCAAGUUUCUAUUCGGGAAGAACGAUAAAAACUCCUUAGAGAAAGCUAAAAUUUUAAUACAGAAAUAUUUAGAAUUUGUUUUAGAAGACGAUAGACUAAACCAAAGCGAAGCUUUAUACACAUUCCUCAACCCGAGCUCCGAGUACUUGAAGCAGGGUGACUUACCAAAGAAGAAUAAGUUCUCUUUUUCUACGUUAUUUAAAAGUACAAGUAGUGAAGCGACGAACAGGUCGUCGCAGGAGAAGGAGCAGUUCACGCAUCUAUCGGCUGAUGAAGACGAGAUCUCGCUCUACUUGGACGGGAACGGAUCCGAUAACAAUAGCAAGAGUAUGACCAGCUCGUUACGUGGCGCAGGCGCCAUAGCAGAAGAAAGGGAUAGUAUAGCGGAGCCGUUGUACGCGCUACUGAGCGAAGUGUUCGACAUGCGCGGCGUGUUCCGCUGGCUCAGGAAGACGCUCGUCACCUUCGUGCAGAUCACGUACGGCAGGACUAUAAACAGACAAAUCAAAGAGACAGUGACGUGGUUGUUCUCUGAACAAAUGCUGCACUACUACAUCAGUGUAGUUCUCAAGUCGUGGUGGCCGGGCGGGACCCUGUCCGAGAACACUUCCAAUAGAAACUUUCAGGAUAAAGAGCACACGUGUACCCUGGCGCGGCAGCAGCUGAGUGAGAGCGUGGUGGAUGCGCUUGCCUCGCUGGUGGGCGCGCAGGCCGCCGCAAGGGGCGCGCACAAACUCUUCUACACGCUGCAGAAUACCACGCAUAAUAAACAGCUGUUUUAUGAACUGUUCGAAUUGGUACUUCUAGAAGUAUUUCCAGAGCUCAAACGCUAUCAGUAACUCACUAGGUAAGGUAAGCCAUGACAAUAGAUGUAUGAAAAGUACGUAGUUAUAAUCUUACAGGGAUCAUGUCCGAACACUACGCGGAAUAUUAUACAAAACGAAAAACACUCUUUGAGAGACAUUACUUUAUGUUAAACAAGUUUACGAUGUUGAUACUUCAAGAUGACUGCACAUAUCUUUUUGAUAAUGAAUAUCACCAUUUUUAAAGUCUCCACCCAGUUUUUAAAUUUUGAAAUCUCAACCCAGUUUUUGGAUCUGACGAGAAUGCUCUCUAUAGCUUGUAUACAACAUAUUUUAUGUACUCGAAUUAUUUAAAAAUGAACACAGCCAAAAUUAAAAUGUUAUUCUAAAAAAAACUUUUGGAACGAUCUUACAAAAAGAGCUCUCUUUAUACUUUGUCAUUUUAUUUAUACAUAAAACUUUUUGUAAUACAUAAUUCAAUUUGAUAUAAGGACGCAUGUAAUUAAGAGGUAGGUGAAAAUACGAGUUAAUGAUAACUAUAAGUUAAUUAGAUAGUAAAAAUGUAUUGAUCUCAAAUUAUUAAGUUCGUAUACCUCAUUACUCAUAAAGAUACAUAGCGUAACGAAUUAUCUCGAAUUUAUUUUCUUUUAUUAUUUAAUACAACAAAGGCCUCAUUUUCUUCCUAGCUUUAUCGUACAUUAAUAUUAUUUUGAUAAUAAAAAGUAACAUACAAUGAGUUUCCAUACAAUAAAAUUCAUUUGUAUAUGCCUGUUUGUAAAUGCAAUAUGAUUUCAACCUUUUACCUUCACAUUAGAUAGCCUAUUCCUAAACUUAUACUAUUAUGUAAAGCUGAAGAGUUUGUUUGAACGCCCUAAUCUCUGGAAUUAGGUACUGGUACGAUUUGAAAUAUAUAUUUUUCUGAUAGUCCAUUUAUCGAGGAAGGCAGUAGGCUAUAAAACGUCACGCUACGACCAAUAGGUGCCGAGCAGAGCGAGUGAAACCGCGCGGGAGUAGCUAGUAUAUUAUAAAACGUUAAUAUUUUGUGAACGUUACUUUUGUUAUAGUGUUGUGCCAAAGAAUGCACGGUUGACGCUUUGCUAUGAGUUCAUGCAUCGAACUAAAGAUAUCUACUAAAAUAAUCUAUCGAUGUUCCAAAUCUGUAAUCGUUACAAAUAUGUACCUGAAUCUUGAACGCUGAAACACGAAUGUUAAUAGACUUGAUAUAAAAAUGAAUGGAAAAUCAAGAUUCUUUAAUCGUUUUUAAAUACAUGUUGUUUAUAUCUCCAAAGCCUUACAUUCCAAAUAUAGUCGUUAUUUUUUUCUAAUAAUUUCAAUAUCUUGUAUUUAUUUAUUCUUCGAUGCAACAUUGCCAUUUUCCUCGCUACCAAAUAAGGUGCAGUCCUGAUAGGACUAUAAAAAGUAUUCACAAUGAGGUUAUUUAAAAAUAUUGAUAACAUAUUUUAAAUGUAGUAAAACCUUCCCUUAUAGUACUGCUAGGAAGUAGGAAGUUCACCCAUCGACCUGUGUGUAUGUCGAAUAAUAUUUAUGCUAGAAGCUAAGAAAGAUGUAUAUUUUUAUUAAUUUUGUUGGUUGUUUCUGUCAAAUAUCGAUAUCGAUAAACGAU